ACUCUCCCCUCAGACAUGGCCCUGAGCAGAGAGACGUUCUAUUUUGGUUUUACUUUGUUCUUCAUUGUAGCUCAACUGCCGCCAGGGUCUUGGGCAGGACUUGAGUAUUCCCAGUCAUUUCCAGGAGGGGAGUAUUCCGUGUGCGAGACGUGCAGGCUCGGUCGGGGAAAAUGCAGGAGGAUGUGCAUGGACAGCGAGAAGGUUGCAGGGAAGUGCAAGCUAAACUUCUUCUGCUGUCGAGAAAGGAUCUGAACACUCUUUGAGCAGCGCUCUUCGGGCCUUAACAGCCAUGCUGAAAAGAUGUCCCGGGAGAGAGCUUCUGGGCCUAACUGGGCCACGGUCAGAGAGAUUCAGGCCCAUUCUCACCCCACUUGUGCUUCUGUGCUUCAUUCUACUUUUUAUGAUUAAAAAAAAACUCAAAACAGAAAUGAAUGCCUUUUACUCAAUCAGA